GCUAGCCUGUAACCGGUCAAAACUCAAACGGUGCCGGUCUCAGUUUUCUACGUUCUAUGUGUUCAGAAAAGUCUUAUUGUCAAUUUUGUUGUCUCCUCAAUUGCAAAUAUUUUUUGCAAUUUAUAAUUUUCUAAAAAAAAUAAUCAACGUGUUAAUUAUCAAUAACAGUAAAAAAAAUGAAACAAAAACUAAUGGAGGAACUAAAAAAAAUUCAGUGCCCUUUUACAACAUGGGAAUUGGAUGAAAUUAAAAAUGUCAUAAUUAGUCAAGGUGAAGCAACUCAUGACGAUGAAGAUUUUAUUCCAUUGUUAAAAUGGAUUCGUUCAUUGGUGGAAGUUUAUGAAUUCGUGCAAAAAAAGACAUUAAAAGAUGCAAAAGAAUCUCUUAAAUUUGCUGAAGAAAUUUGGAAUUCCGUUAAAGAAAAACAUGAGAAAAAUGUUUCUAUACAAGUGUUGAAGAACAUUUACAAGGGUACAAAAUGUUUUUUGUUAAUGGAAGAGGAGGAGUUUAAUGAAAUUGACAAAAUUCUAAAAACCCUCAAUAAAAAUGUUGAUUAUGAUAAAAAUGAAAUCGACAGAAGUACAUUGAAUGGUUGCAAAGGUGUUGCAUGGUCAAAAUUUAAAGACGCAGGCGAUAUGGGAACUAAUAAAGCAUUAGAUUUUAUUGAUUUGGCAAUUAAAGAUAAUUCAAAUUGUGAUGUUUGGCAUUUUAUGUCAGGAAAAAAUUUACGACGUCAAAGACGUAAUAAAUAUUUUUUUUCUGAACCCACUGAAAAAGAAAUAUUUGAAUUAAAAAAAGCAUAUGAAUUAUCAGAAGAUCCAACUUAUGGAAUUUAUUUAGGGCAAAUGUAUAAGGAAGUAGGUAAAAAAAAUGAAGCAUUAAAAAUAUAUAAAAAAAUUCAUGAAACUAAACCUGAAAGUGCAAAUAUUAAUUUGCGAUUGGCACUUGGUUUUAUAAGAACACGGAAUCUUCAAUCAGCCAAAGAAUGUUUGGAUUUUGCAGAAAAAAAAGUGCCUGAUGAUUCAAUGUUUUUACAUUACAAGGGAAUUUUUUUGGAAACAUUAAAAGAAUAUCGAAAAGCUGCUGAUUAUUUUAAAAAAGCUUCAACUGGUCACAAUUAUGCGGCUGAAUGUUCUUAUUUAAAAUGUAAAGCCAAAUUUGGAGAAACUGAUGAUUUCGUGAAUUAUAUAAAAAAAAUGUUGAUAACUUAUGAAAAUUAUGAAAGUAGAACAUUGGAUCUCACUCUACAAUUGGCUGCUUCUUAUUAUUUGUGUAAUCAUGAUAUUCCAAAUGCAGCAAAAUAUUAUUUGGAAGCACUUGAAAAGUCUCCCAAUAGUAAGGAAUUUAAGCGGCACGCUUGUUUUCUUCUCAGCGGUCAAAUUGAAGUUUAUAGAUAUCUUAAAACUGAUUUUUUGUCGAAAGCUUUAUCUAAUCUUAAUUUAGAUAGUGAGACAAAAGAAACUUGUAUGAGAAUACAACAAAUCUGUACAGAUUAUUAUCAACAACGAAGGGAAAAGGCCGAAUUGGAUUUUGGUCAAAUGAAACUUUCGUAAAUUUAUUUACAUACUUCAUUGUAAUUGUUUUUUUCAAGUUUUUUUUAUAUAAUUUUUAUAAAAAUAUAUUUUGAUAACGAGUUUAACAAACUAAAAUUAAGUUUAACA